UUUUGAGGAAAACGCGGAAUGUUGAUAUCGACUAGAAUUAACAAUAAUCGGAUAGAUAAUCAACAUUUCAUUAUCUACGAAGUUUGAUCAGCCUUAUCUGAGGUGUUUCAUCUGUUAUCGGAAAAUGGCGUUCCAAGUACCCAGCUUGUUGUAGUUUGGCAACAGGACAGGUGACUUGCCAAUGUAGGACGAUGAUUAUUUUUCCGUGUAGUGAUUGUGAAAAAGUGAUGCGUGAAUACAAUUAAUAGGUGGAUGUGAACUGGAUAAUGGGCACUCGCAUUCCCUUGUCACUACUACGAGAUCUCAAGUGCCGCCACUGCAAAAACUUUCUAUCUUGUGGUCCAGUAUAUGUGACACCCGACUGCGGGCUACUCUGCGGAAGAUGCAAGGCCCUAGCUAAGCCAAACUUCCGCAACUAUGUGUAUGAGGAACUGGCCAACACUUUCGUCUUUCCCUGCCUGAACUGGGAGAAACACUGUCCAGAAGAAGGCCCAUGGAAUACGCUGAAACACCACGAGAUCGACUGUCCCUACGGAAGUUCUUGCUCGAAGCUUUGCGUGGAUCCAGCUGCGUUUUUCUCGUCCAAGAAGAAUUUGCCGAACGAGGAAAAUUUGCUAUACCUGGAAGUACCUGAGAAAUGCCUGAACCUAGUAUCAUGCAAAAACUGCGGCAAAUACCUAUCCAGUCAACCUGUCCAUAUAAACGUGGUUGGCAGCAACAUCUGUCACCGCUGCUACCUAUCCAACGGUCUUCCACCACACACUCUUCGAAACUUGGCCUACGAGAAACUAGCUAACAUCUUCAGAUUCCCAUGUAUAUUCAGGGCGAAAGGUUGCCCAAUAAAAUUUCGUUUCGGACGUGACAGUUGGGAGCAUGAGGUGAACUGUCACUACAGGGACGUGCAGGUGCACUCCACGCCCGGUACACCGGAGUUGGAUCCGAACACUCUACAUAUUCAUAUAGAUAACAGUGGGUACCGACCCUCAGUUGAGGGAGAUUUCUACAUGGACAGCAGGAAUAACAGCAGGGAGGUGCCAAGGAUCGAGCUGCCUAGGGUAUCCUCGAUAUUGAGAAAUCAGGAUUAUGCGAGGGAGACUAGACUUAACCAACAGCGGAAGAAAGAGCAAAGGCAGAUGGUCACUAAGCAAAGUAGAGAGUAUAAGGAUAAUCUGCUACACCCACCUGGCCUUGAAUACCAUCAGUUCGGUUACGAAUCAGGACGAAAAGAAACUAUAAACGAUUUCAACAAAAACCGAAUCCCAGAUAAGGAGCGAGGUAUCGUCCCCACCCACACGGGCCACGUCUAUGCAACCCUCACUAAGGACCCCGUCCUAUUCGCGCCACCCCAAAGACAGCCGUACCCCAGUAAUGGCCAGCAAGUAACAAAAGAGUUCCAGGACAAAAUUAUGCGCAGCGACUCGAACGUCUCCCAGAAGAACUCCCCCGUCCAAGAAAGAAUAAGAAAUUCCAUUGUUUCCAGUUCCUUGGGGCAGGAAACGGAAAAGAAAAAGCAGGGGAUGCACAGUUAUAACACCCUGGGAAUCCCACCGCCACCUGGUGCUGCCCGUCAGAACUCCGACGGUUUCUCGGGGUUGAACAAGAGUUACAUGAAGGAUCUUGAGGGUUUCAAUGAGGACUACGCGCCUGUUAUCAAGGAAUAUGUCCAGUUCAAUCCUCAAAAUAACGUGCAGAGGAACGAGAGUUUGACUAUUGGCAAUCCUGAUAUCAUCGCGGAAUUGAAGAUGAGGAAUCAACAGAAAAGGAGAAUACGGCAAGAUGAAGAAGAUAGUGAUAGUUUGGGAAUUGUGUGAAGUGCAAUUGAUGUUGGAUGUGGUGAAAUUUCCUACUCAAAAUAGUGAGGAUUAUGUACCGAAGAACAGAUGGAGAUGAUGAUAACUUGAAAGUGGAUAUUUCAAAUUUUUUACCUGUAAAUAACAUCCUUCAAUUUACCCUUUGACAACCAAUAUAACCAAUACAUUUUUUGAUCAUUUGGGGCAUCUUGACAGCAUUUUGAUUAUAGAUACUAGUCCAAAUUCUUAAUCCUCAUUUAGCCUCUAAGAUUUUUCCUUCUUGAAACCUCACUUUUCAUUUCUUAUGCAAAAUCAUUCAUUACCUUAUUAAAUGAUUCGUAGAUAA